AGUCAUCACACUUGUGCUAAAAUGAAGAUACUGAAGUGGACUUUGGGUGUCCUGUUGUUCCUGCUGUUGUCUAUCGGGCGCUGCACGGAGCAAUCCACGGCCCAACGGAGACACCCUCGUGCAGCAGAUGGUGGAGAGGAAGGGAAAAAAUGUGGUUACACCUUCUUGGUCCCAGAACAGAAAAUCACAGGGCCAAUUUGUGUGAACACUAACGGACCAGCUGGGAACAGGAAGGACGAAGUCACCAGGAUGGACAUCGAGAACCUGAAGGAUGUGCUGUCCAAGCAAAAGAGGGAGAUUGACAUUUUGCAGCUGGUGGUGGAUGUGGAUGGAAACAUAGUGAAUGAAGUGAAAUUACUGAGGAAAGAAAGCCGAAACAUGAACUCUCGAGUCACCCAACUGUACAUGCAACUCUUGCACGAGAUAAUUCGGAAACGUGACAACUCCCUGGAGCUUUCCCAGCUGGAAAACAAAGUCCUUAACGUUACAACAGAGAUGCUGAAGAUGGCAACGAAGUACAAGGAGCUGGAGGUUAAAUAUGCAGCACUAACUGAUCUUGUAAAUAACCAGUCUGUGACUAUCUCCCUGCUGGAGGAGCAGUGCCUGCGAAUCUUCUCGCGCCAGGACACUCACGGGGCUCCUCCUCUGGUGCAAGUCGUGCCGCAGCACAUCCCUAACAGCCAACCAUACACUCCUGUGCUCCUGGGGGGGAACGAGAUACAGAGAGACCCAGGCUACCCCAGGGACAGAGAUGUCAGGCCACCACCUGACCCAGCCACUUCUCCUACAAAGAGUCCUUUCAGAGUGCCACCACUGGCUCUGAUCAACGAGGGUCCAUUCAAAGACUGCCAGCAAGCCAAGGAAGCUGGGCAUUCCAACAGUGGGAUUUACAUGAUCAAACCUGAGCACAGCAACGAGCCAAUGCAGCUCUGGUGUGACCACAGCCUGGACCCUGGAGGAUGGGCAGUCAUCCAGAAGAGGACGGAUGGAUCUGUCAAUUUUUUCAGGAACUGGGACAGUUAUAAGAAAGGAUUUGGGAACAUUGAUGGAGAGUACUGGCUGGGACUGGAAAAUAUCUACAUGCUCACCAAUCAGGACAAUUACAGACUAUUGAUUGAGCUGGAGGACUGGAGCAACAAGAAGGUCUAUGCAGAGUACAGCAGCUUCCGCCUGGAGCCCGAGAGCGAGUUCUACAGACUGCGCCUGGGCACGUACCAAGGGAACGCGGGAGACUCCAUGAUCUGGCACAAUGGCAAGCAAUUCACAACACUGGACAGAGACAGGGACAUGUAUUCAGGAAACUGUGCUCACUUCCACAAAGGUGGCUGGUGGUACAACGCGUGUGCCCACUCCAACCUCAACGGGGUGUGGUACCGAGGAGGUCACUACCGCAGCAAGUACCAGGACGGAAUAUUCUGGGCCGAGUACCGAGGAGGUUCCUACUCCCUGAAAGCAGUUCAGAUGAUGAUUAGACCUAUAGACUGAGGAGGAAACCCCCACAGUGCUCAAGUGAUCUUGUGUAAACUUCUCAGUGCUUGAGUGCCAGAAAAAUAAAGUAUUCCUUGUUACUCAUUAUUUUGCACAAUCUGCCCCUGCCCAAAGCAGGUCUAACAGUUUUCCUGUCUUCUUUUCCCUGUUGUGUUACCCUCUCCCUUUUU